UGCUGUAACCCGGAAGUACUUCUGUUACCCACAUGGGUUUCCGUUUGCAGUUGUUUGAGGAACCAUGAGAGUGCAGUGAACAAGCCAUGAACUGAGCUUUUAAACAGCAAAACACCGGUACAUUCCUGCUUCUUGUAGUCACUGGGAACAUCAAAGUGCAUUAUUUAUCCAGUGAUUGGCAGCUUACAGUACCAUGUCUUCACAAGACAGUAUUGAGGGGCAGCAGUGCCCCCUGGCGGUGGGUGUGGAGACAAGCAGCCAGUCUGCCAGUGAUGGAGAGACAGACUGUGAGGUCAUUACGGUCACCAUUGGAGCAACAGUCCCCACAGGGUUUGAAAACACUGCUGCAGAGGAAGUCCAGGAGAAGAUUGGGGCUGAUGCAACAAUAAGCAAGGACCGCGGUCGAAUAUACUUCCAAAUAACCACAGAUAAGCUCUCACAGGUCCAUAAUCUGAGGUCUGUGGACAACCUGUUUGUUGUGGUUGAAGAGUAUGACAACUAUCAGUUUAAAGACUCAAAGGAGGAGACAUUGGAGGACUUGCAGAAGCUGGCCUCCAAGCUGCCAUGGACCAACGCACUAAAGGUCUGGAAACUGAACACCUCUCUGAAGAAGAAGAGGGGACCCCAUAGACGGCCCCAAGGUCCUAAGGGGAAGGGACGGAGAGGCCGAAAUUUCCAAGAUAGAGGCAAAGCCAACAAAGACGUUGUGGAGACGGACACCAUGGAGACGGUCACCGCAGAGAUAGAGAAGCUGCAGCUGGAGCCUCAGGCACCUACUACAGGCCAAGGGGGCGGGUCACCUGACCUGGAGAACAGCCCCCUGGGUGAGCAGCAGGAGGUGGAGGGACAGGAGCCCGGACCAAAGGCCCUGAAGUUUCGUGUGACGUGCAGCCGAGCAGGAGACAAGCACAGCUUUUCCUCCAACGAGGCCGCCAGGGACUUUGGUGGUGCCGUGCAAGACUUCUUCCAGUGGAAAGCAGACAUGACCAAGUUUGAUAUUGAGGUCCUUCUGAACAUACAUAACGUUGAGGUGGUGAUUGGCAUUGCCCUGACAGAGGAGAGUCUCCACAGAAGAAACAUCACCCACUUUGGACCCACCACGCUGCGCUCCACCCUGUGCUAUGGCAUGCUCAGACUCUCUAAGCCUCAGUCAUCUGAUGUUAUACUUGAUCCCAUGUGUGGAACUGGAGCAAUACCUUUAGAGGGAGCCAUUGAAUGGCAGCAGGCAUUCUACCUGGCCGGAGACAACAAUGACAUGGCAGUGAGCCGCACAGUCAACAACAUCUGUCACAUCCAGAAGAAGAGACUAGACAAGAGCAGUACGCCAGGGUUGCCCAUAGACACAGUGCAGUGGGACCUGUGCCAUCUACCCAUGAGAACCAACUCAGUGGACAUCAUCAUCACUGACAUGCCCUUUGGGAAGAGAAUGGGCUCCAGGAAGAAGAAUUGGGACCUGUACCCACCCUGUCUGAGAGAGAUGGCCCGGGUGUCCAGACCAGGCUCAGGGAAGGCCGUCAUCCUGACCCAGGAUAAGAAAUGCUUUCAAAAGGCCAUAUCAAGGAUGGGAGGACUCUGGCGGAAGCACCACACUGUCUGGGUCAACGUAGGGGGCCUACACGCAGGGGUGUUCCUCCUCAAGCGCACAGCAGGGAUCUUUGGCCAAACCCCAGAAGAUGUCAGGGAACCCCUAGAAGAGCAACCAGGGAAGGAAAAAACAGCAGAGGAAAGGGAAAAGGAGGUUAAGUUACCGAGUUAAGCCCCACCUAUACAGAAUAUACUUUAGAAAUGGCAUAGAAAUGACCUUUUGCCAUUAUUUAUUUGAUUAAUCUAUUUUGCUGUUUUAUUUGUUGAAGGUCCAAAAGUGAGUGUCUCAAAGGGAAACCUUUCCUAAGUUUUACUGUGUUGUUAUAGACAGACAAGGUUUCGGUGAAGUGAAAAAAAGUUGACUGCCUGCUUACUACAACCAGUUGAAUUUUUAUGUUAAACCCCAGCUUAAUAAAAAGUUGUCUUGCUACACCUGAGUGCCAGUUAUAUAAAUGCAAGUCAUUAAUCAUCCGUUGUUCUUUUAGCUACUGUAGGUAAGCAAGACUAUUGAUUGAUAUGCCUAUUGUGUUGUUGAGGGAAUCAGUUCAAAUGACCACACCUUUCCACUCCAUUGAUGACUUGUUGGCAGGUUCUGUAACAUGAGACUUUAUGGUAAAUAAAACUUGUUUCCAAACAUGUG